UAAACCACCGAUCUUCUAUCAGCACGCAUGUUGAGUAAAAUGAAAUCGUUCUUCGUUGUACUACUUCUAUGGACUUUGCUGUUCGAAGUGGGUCAGAGUUCACCAAACACGUGUCCCAGUGGCAGUCCAAAUGGAAUUUACCAGCUGAAGUUGCCAGGAGAAGAACCUUUUCAAGUGACCCAGUGCAAAACGACGGCAAGAGAUUGGAUUGUCAUUCAAAGGCGACUAGAUGGAAGUGUUAAUUUCAAUCAAUCGUGGCUUAGUUACAAGGAUGGAUUUGGCGAUCCGAAUGGCGAGUUUUUCAUCGGUCUUCAGAAGCUUCACCUGAUGACUAGGGAACAACCACACGAGCUUUUCAUUCAAUUGAAGCAUGGUACUGGCACUACAGUACACGCUCACUUUGAUGACUUUCAAGUGGGCGGUGAAACUGAAUUAUACAAACUGGAAUGGGUGGGAACAUAUUCUGGAACAGCUGGCGACUCACUUAGAUACCACAUAAAUAAAAGGUUCUCCACUUUUGAUCGUGAUAAUGAUGAAUCUAGUAAAAAUUGUGCAGCCGAGCAUGGCGGUGGUUGGUGGUUUCACUCUUGUUUGUCAAGCUCGCUAAAUGGACUUUAUUAUAGAGAAGGUGAAACAGUCAUGCUGAAUGGAAUUCACUGGGGCCGCUGGAAAUUCCAAUCCCUAACUUUUGUUCAAAUGAUGAUAAGACCGAAAUACUUUUAG